AAAAGGUUAUUAAAAACAGGUGGACAAUUUCGUGGUGACAUUGUCUCUCCUUUCUCUCCCUCUCUUUUGCAAUGGCUACAUCAGCUCCAGUUACAGCAGGGGACAGAGACAGCUCUGAAGGUUACCGCUCGCUAGUUGAUCCAGCAGAAAUAUUCACAUACUUCACAGAGAAGGCCUGGGACGUACCGCAGAUAAUUGGCUCUUUCUCUUUGCUCAAAGACAAACUGGGCAUAGAUAAGGAGGCGUAUGGAGUCUCCCUUUAUCACUCUUUGAAGAGCAAACUAACGCACUGGAAGGCAAAGACCCUCUGGGAGCUUCUGGACAAGAAAGUUCAACUUAACGAGUAUAAGAACCAAAAGGCGUGUCAAGGUACCUCGGUAUGCGUCGUUGGGUGUGGUCCCGUUGGUAUGAGGUUUGCUAUUGAGGCUGCGUUGCUAGGCUGUGACAUUGUCGUUGUGGAGAAGCGACCUUAUUUCUCUCGCAACAAUGUUUUGCAUUUGUGGCCAUUCACUAUUGACGACUUGAAGAGGCUAGGGGCUAAGAAGUUUUAUGGACAGUUUUGUGCUGGCUCUCUUGAUCAUAUCAGCAUCAGAUCGCUACAGUCAAUACUACUAAAGACCUCACUCAUGUUUGGGGUAAGGAUUUAUUUUGGUAUCGAGUUCGUUAAAAUUAAAGAACCUGGGGGCGGGAGGGCGUGGCAUGCUGACUUCCUCCCUAGCAACCAUCCACUUAACGACAUAGACUUUAGUGUCCUGGUUGGUGCCGAGGGUAAGAACAGUCGGAUACCUGGUUUUGAUAGGAAGGAGCUGAGAGCUAAGCUUGCUCUAGCCAUCACUGCUAAUUUCAUCAAUCAUCGGACACAGGAUGAAGCAGCUGUUCAGGAGAUUAGUGGAGUUGCUUUCAUUUUCAAUCAAAAGUUCUUCAAGGACUUACGAGAGGAUACCGGGAUAGACCUUGAGAAUAUCGUCUAUUAUAGAGACGACACUCACUACUUCAUAAUGACUGCGAAGAAGGACAGUCUGCUGGAUAAAGGAGUCCUGAUUAAAGAUUAUCCUGAUGUCCAACAGCUGUUGGCUCCAAGUAAUAGGAACAUGAAGAAAAUGUGUGAAUAUGCCAUUGAAGCAGCUGAUUGGUCGACUGAACUACCACAGCUGGACUUUGCUAUGAAUCACAAAGGUCAACCUGAUGUUGAUCUGUUUGACUUCACCUCAAUAUACCAAGCAGAGUAUGCAGCAAGAGCAGUGAGUAGAGAUGACACUGAUCUCCUUAUUUGUCUCGUUGGAGACAGUUUAGUGCAACCGUUUUGGCCCCAGGGCACUGGGUGUGCCCGUGGCUUCCUCAGUGCAAUGGAUGCUGCCUGGAUGGUCCGUGGGUUUGGAGAAGGACGUAAAGUACUUGAGCUACUAGCCGAGAGGGAGAGCCUCUUUCAAAGACUCACUCAAACUAAACCAGACAAUCUUUCAAAGAAAUUUGCAGCUUACACCAUUGACCCUAGAACAAGAUACCCUAACCUUAAUAUAGGGAUCGUAAAACCAGCUAAUGUUAAGCAGUUGUAUGACUUUGAUGGUGAAUUGGACCUGACCCCUCCUUCUCCUCAAGCCACGCCUCCUCAACCCCCGCCUCCUUUAGCCACACCUCCUUUAGCUACACCUGUGAAUAAUAACGUAUCGUUAGCACCUCCUGAAAUUACACCUACAAAACUAACACCUUCUAAACCUAAGACCACGCCUUCAAUAACCACACCCAAUGUGACCACACCUCCAAAUGAUAUCGGCUCAAAGGCCACGCCUACAAGUACCACACCUGCAAUAGAGACGACUCCAAAAGGCACUCCUACUAUCACUCCAAAGAGAGUAGCCCCUCCUCCUCCUAAACCAUUGCGUAAGACCCCCUCACGUCCCAUUAACCAAGCAGGUCAAGUUACCCGGGCAUUAUAUGGAACACCUGAGAGUGAUAAAGUGUUGGCUGAUAAGCAGGUGAUAAUGAAAUGGUUCAAGGAGGAGCUGAAGGAUUAUCCUAACCUGAGAAUUAAUGAUUUAGCAAGGUCGUUUAGAGAUGGGAUGGUCCUCUGUUCAUUAAUUCAUCAUUACAAUCCAACCAUAAUCCCUCAGUUCUCUUCCCUCUCUUCUGGUAAUCAAAUGACCAAUAAUAAGUUAGCGUUCUCUCUACUGGAGAAGCACUUCAACAUCCCUCAGUUGAUAAAACCCUCCGAAAUGAACGACCCUGAUCGCCUAACCCUCUUCACGUACUUGUCCUCAGUCUACGAGACCUUCCUUAAUUUAGAGCCUUUACCUCUAGCAUCAGUCACUUCUUCAGGUGCUACUCCUUCCAGCGGCUCUAAGAAAGGGAAACUGAUGCGGAAGUUAAGUAGGAAGAACUCUAAGAGUCUUUUAUCAGUCAGUCCAGCGGACUCAUGGGGUACUGAUACAAACAGUUUGAGGCGGAGCCUCUCUCCGAAUAAAAAAGAGCAAAAGAGCCGAAGGGAGAAGAAGGAGAAGGUCCAAGAGACGAUAAAAGAGAAAGAGGAGAAGGAGACAACCCCUCCUCCUGCUAAAGGUGGAGCAGCUGCUACAGGAACUGAGACUAAUGCUAAAUCAAAAGGACAGUCUGGCCAAGGGCCGAAUACUCCAAAAUCAGCUCCUAAUGUUCAAAAGACUGGUCCUCGUCCUAUCAGUACUUUUGGCUCACCAGCUGUGGCUAGUGACAUUUGCUUCUUUUGUGAGAAAAAAGUGUAUUUGAUGGAGAAAAUGUCAGCAAACAAUGUCUUCUUUCAUCGUAAUUGUUUUCGUUGCUCUCAUUGCAACUCUCAGUUGAAUCUCGGGAACUUUGCAAUGUCAAAGGGAGAAAACGGAGCACCUGGAAAGUUCUUUUGUAAACCUCACUACCGACAAUUGUUUAUGGCAAACCCAGAGGCUAUUAAUUAUGCUCGCAGUCAGCCUGAGAAGGACAAAAGUUUGUCUCCUCCUCCUACCUCUCCCUCUCAAUCAAAUCUCCCUCCGAUAUCUGAGGAUGAAGUGGCACCAGCUGCUCCUAAUUCUGUAGUUCCUAAAGAUGACGAAGAGGUAAUAGAAGCCAGAGAAAGGAAAAGGACUCUCACUCAAAAGUUCUCGGACAUGUUUCGAAGACGAUCAUCACGUUCAAGCAGCAAAAGCCCAUCACCUGAAAAAACUGUUCCUAAACCUAAAAAAGAUGAAAAUCCGAUACUUUAUGAGGCGCCACCCACUCCACCAGAGGAAUCACCUGUGACCACACCUACCACUACCAAACCAACCAUCACUCCAUCAGUAGAAGUAACUCCAGAUACUACAAGCUCAAGUCCUUUCCGUAAACGAAGUACUAAAAUCCGUGGGCGUUCUGGUACGACCCCACCCCCAAGGUCUGACGGUGCUCAGCAUUUGUUGAACAGUAAAAAGAGGCGUGGUCAGGCUAGUCUAGUCCGACCAAUCAUAGCGGUUCAAGACGAGGAGGACGAUAUAGCUGUGAGCGAGAGACAGAAGCAACAGGAGAGGUUCAGGGAGGCCCAGGAGAUACAGAGAGAGAUGAGCCAAAUUGAAUUACAAUAUGAGGAAUUUGAGGAAAUAGCACGAGAAAUAGAGCAGAAUCUGCGAGAUGCUGAAGGGACUGAACAAGAGGACAACUUCAUGAGGGCGUGGCUCAACUUGGUCUCAGAAAGAAAUGCCCUAGUUCGCCGGACAGCUGACCUAAGUCUUCAAAUGAAACUGUUUGGACUUGAGGACCGCCAGUACGAGCUACAGAAAGAGAUGAGGGAACUACAAGAGAAAGAGACUGAGGAGAAUGGAGAUGAACCUGAUCCAAACUUUGAGAGACUGUUAGAAGAACUGGUGGAGGUGGUACAGGAAAGAGAUCAGAUCAUCCAACAAGUGGAAAGUGACAGAGUCAGAGAGUUGGAUGAACAAGCUGCUGAAGAAGAAAUGAUGAAUCAUCGAUUUGGAGAAGGAGACAGUCCCAGUAGGAGAUCAGCCACAAUGCCAGUUGAAGGAGGAGGAGGAGGGAAAAAGGAACGGAAAGAUAAGAGAACAAGUUGGUGGCCAUGGUAGCCAUGGUAACCAGUUCUGCUACUCGCCCAUAAUUAUAAUAAUUAAACAGUUCAAUAUUAUGAUAGUUUUCGUAUUUUUUAAUUUUUUCUUUUCACGUUUUACAUAUCAUCUUUUAUGUUCUAGUUUGUCUGUAUAAUUAAUAAUAAUAUAUUUGUAAAUAAUAAUUAUUAUAAUAAUGUUAUAAUUAUUAUAAUAA